UGAUGGAACUUCAGCUGCAGCGAAAACAGGGCACGCCAGGCGCUGGCACACUGCAGCAGCAGCAGCAGCAGCGCGAUGGUGCGUCGGGAACCGGGAGUGGCAAUUCUGCCUCCGCAGGAGCAAUCGGCAAGAACGACAGCUACGAUAGCUCGCACAGCAGUAGCAAUACCGAGGACACCACCGAAACGGACGAUCGGCGACGCAAGAUGAUGAAGAACAGGGCCAGAAAUAAUAGACUCAUGCAGCAGCACCAGGCGCAGCAGAAUACCACAGACAGUGCGAAGGUUGCGGCGGGGAAAAAGCUGGCGGACGGCGAACGGAUCACGCUGAUUGUGGACAACACGACGUUCUCGGUGAACGUUUCGAUGCUGACGGCCCAACCACAGACCAUGCUUGGACGUAUGUUCAGCUCGGGGGUGGAAUUUACGCACCCCAACGAACGUGGCGAGUACGAGGUAGCGGACGGCAUCUCACACACCGUCUUCCGGGCCGUCCUCGAGUACUAUCUGUCCGGGGUGAUACGCUGUCCACCUACCGUAUCGGUGCAGGAGCUGCGGGAGGCGUGCGAUUACCUGCUUAUUCCGUUCAACGCGGAUACGAUCCGCUGCCAGAACCUGCGUGGCCUGUUGCACGAGCUGUCGAACGAGGGUGCGAGCAUUCAGUUCGAGGCUUUCCUGGAAUCACUCAUCCUGCCCCUGAUGGUAGACGCCGCCCGGCAAGGUCACCGCGAAUGCCACAUCGUCGUUCUAUCGGAGGAUGACAUCAUCGACUGGGACGAGGAAUAUCCACCACAGAUGGGCGAAGAAGACUGCCAAACGGUCGCCAACACCGCCAUGUAUCGGUUCUUUAAGUACAUCGAAAACCGCGACGUCGCCAAGCAGGUGCUAAAGGAUCGGGGUCUCAAGAAGAUCCGGCUAGGCAUCGAGGGAUACCCGACGUACAAGGAAAAGAUCAAGCGGCGACCGAGCGGGCGCAUGGAAGUGAUCUACAACUAUUUGCAGCGGCCGUUCAUCCACAUGUCGUGGGAAAAGGAGGAAGCCAAGAGCCGCCACGUGGAUUUCCAGUGCGUCAAAUCGAAGUCGGUCACGAAUCUAGCAGAGGCCACUGCCGAUCCGGCCCUCGAACUCGAUUCGGCCGGGAAUCCGCUUCCUCAACGACAUUUUGAGAUAUCGCACGAGCCUGAUGCGGAACCGUUUCUGCGGCCCGACGCCCUACUCGACGGCGAGGAAGGAGCUAUCGGUGGGCUGCCGAAUGGGGACGAAAUCGGUCACUUGGGUCCAGAAGAACCGCAGUAGAUCACGAAGAAAAGUUGGCUGCUUCGCGCUGUGUAGUACCAGUAACCUUCCCGGUUCCCGACGCAACCACAAAUAGUGUGCUUCAUGUUUUACCAAAACACAUUAACACAUAUUAACAUCUCUCAUCUCCGAUCCUGAGAACGUUAACACGCUUGCAGGAGACGCAACAGUUUAGCGCAAUCAAAUUCAUCAGUUGGAAACCACAGAUGGUCUCCACUGUACCUAUAUUUCUGAUCCGUUAACUGAGCUCUAGUGUUUGUGUAUAUUCUCAUCGCGUUUGUUUGUUUAUAUUGUCCCUCGUGUAAUUGGUGCUCCUCAUCGGGGGAACAAAUCCAACCUCUCCUAGUUGAUUUUCAAUAUUUAAAACAACUUUUUAUUAUACGAACUAUGCUCCUCUCUAUGUGUGAUCAACCGAUAAUUAUUAUAUAUAGUUUCGAUUGUGUUAUAGAAACGUCCAAUUCCACUCCAUAGCUGUUUGAUUAAUUAAAUGUGCUAAUAGCGUAUCCAUUCGAUUGAUUUCGUUAUCCAUUAAAUCGUGCAAGGAAUUGCUUCACGAUCGCUCCUCAUAUUUAUUCGAUUCCUUUUAUUUUCUGUCCGGUAAAUUCUCUGGCGAUAAAAUCGACAAGUGUAUUUUUUUCAUGCCUUUUUUCUUUGCUAAUUUAAACGCUAAUCUCUUACCAUGCUCCCGUUCUUUCAUGUUUGUGCAAGCGUUAUGCUAAUUUAAACGCCUUUUUAUAUAUAUUUGACUUUUUUAUACCGAGCAAAAAUAAAUAAGAUA